CUUAUCUUUCCUCCACAUGCGGCUUUUCAUUUUACAUCUCCCUCUAUAAAACCCAGUCCGCACAUCAUUCCUCACUCCGAAUUCCCCCAUCCUCCUCUUCUCCCUCUCUCUCUCUCUCUCUCUCUCGCUCCCUCUCCGGUUUGCUUCAGUUCCUUCUGCCGUCUCAUCUGAUCACUUCUUCUCGUCUCAUCUGAUCACUUCUUCUCUUUCGCUCUUCUCGGCUAUGGAGACAGAAACCAAGAUGGCAAACACUUGUCAAGGCCAAGAAGAGGAUGCUGAUCUCAGGAGAGGGCCGUGGACCAUGGAAGAAGAUCACAUACUCAUGAAUUACAUCGCAAUUCACGGCGAAGGCCGCUGGAACUCCCUCGCCCGUUGCGCAGGGCUAAAGCGGACGGGAAAAAGUUGCAGGCUCAGAUGGCUCAAUUACUUGCGCCCCGAUGUCAGGAGAGGCAACAUCACUCCUGAGGAGCAACUCCUGAUCCUCGAGCUGCAUUCGCGCUGGGGCAACAGAUGGUCAAAAAUCGCGCAGCAUUUACCGGGAAGGACGGACAACGAGAUAAAGAAUUAUUGGAGGACGAGGGUGCAGAAGCACGCCAAGCAGCUGCAGUGCGAUGUGAACAGCAAGCAGUUCCAGGACGCUAUGAGGUACCUGUGGAUGCCGCGGCUCAUGGAGCGGAUCCAGGCGGCCGCCAGUGCGGCGGAGAAGAAGGAGGAUUCCGGCUACACCCUCCAGAAUUCCGCCCAAACGUCUGCUUCGUCGGCUUAUGAUGCGCAAUUCACGACCUUCCCGGAGUAUCAAGUGAAACCGGUGUCGGAAAACUACAUAUCGACGCCCUCCGAUUCGGUCGUGACCCAGGUCUCGGCCGUCUCCGAUCCCGGCCACGAUCACUACAGUUUCCAGGAUUUCUCGGCCACCCAGAUGAGUUGCCUAGACAACCAGGCCAACUCCUACGGAGUGUGCCCUGAAUUGUCCUCUCAGAUGAGCAGUUGGGGACCCAACUACGCAGAGUUUGGAGAGAACCUUUGGAGCUCAGAGGACGUCUGGUUAUUGCAGCAGCAGCUCUGCAACACCAUCUAAAACUCAAGGAAUAACAGCGGAGAAGAGAUCAAAACCGAUUGCUUCAAGAAGGAAAGGAAUAUUGUGCAGCAAAUGUGAAUUUUCAUUUUUAUUAGAUAUUGUUCCUUCUCUCCUCUCCCUCUCUCUUCUUUUCCUUUUUUUUUUUUUUUCCAAUAUGAAAAAAAUGUUGGUUUUCUCCUUUGUAAUAUGAUUCAUUAAACCAAAUUAACACGAUAAUUUGAGUUUUC